AUGCCACCUCGUGAAUUGCCAGGAUUCAUCUUCGAUGAAAGUCGUGGGCGUUAUUUUCCCAUUACUUCAACAAAUCAAAAUCCCAAUGCAAGUCGUUACAACCGUGAAGAUAUAAAGAGACGAAAGAUUGAUAAUGAAAAGAAAUUAGAGCUAGCAAAUUUAAAGGCUAAACAGUCUGAACGCUAUCAAGAAUAUUGGCCACAACUUUUUGAUCCUUAUGAAAAAGUAUUUGGUCAGAGAGAUGCAUUUAAUUUUAUUGGAGGUAUAGAAAGGGAACGUUAUGGAUACGACAAAACUGAUCAUACGUACCAAGCUAAUCGUUCUGGCCCAAUCCAAUUAGAUUUUAAGGACUGUUCUAUUUUCCCAUAUAUUUGCCACAGCGGUUCAACAAACUUAAUAGUUAGCACAAGGAAUACGAUUUUUAAACUUCCCGUUAAUGGACAUGAACCUGACGCAUUGAUUCGAGUAUAUUAUGCAAGAACAUUGGAAGGGCGAUCAUUCGAUCCUUCUUAUGGACCAGAAGCUUUAAUAAAAAGGUUUGAUUUGGAUCCGGAUACAAGAAAGGCAUUUGUUCAUUUAUAUCUAACAGAAACCAAUAUUCAUCAUUUUGGUAUUGAACACUUGGAACAUCUGAGAGAUACACCUCACUGGUGUAGAGCUGAAUUUAAAUCUAAUGAGAAUGUCCAUGAUGCGGUUAAUGUAGGAACAGACGUUGUCGUUGCAUUAAACAAUAAGAUAGCGGUAAUUCCUUGGGACUCAUCCUUGCCCCGAAUGGUUAGAGUUCUAGAUAAGAAAAACAAAUCAGAUAUUCUGUCACUAGCUGUCAAUGAUUCUGAUUUAGGUUCUAGAUUCUUAUAUGCUGGUUGUCGAGAUGGCUCUAUAUAUACAAUUCCAUUUGAUGAAAACCUUAUUGGACAGCCAAUUGCUCAAGGUACCAAUUCUGGAUUUGAUUUUAAGGCAAUGAGAAAGAUAAAGUUUCCUAAUAUAAAAUUGAUAAUCAGUAUCAAACCGUUUAAGGAUGAAGGUAUGGUUGCAGUAUCUGGUAUCAUGGAUACAAAUAGCCAAGCUCUAUUUGUUCUUGAUGUUUUAAGUGAUCCCUGUCAAAUGGUAAUCAAAUUGCAAACAUCAUUUUGCAAUCUAACAAGGGAUAAAGAAAUUUUUGAAAUCACUUCUGAUGGCCAUUAUAUAUGUUAUGGAACUCGUGCUGGUAAAGGUGAUUUUGAGCUCUUUUCCACCCAUGUAGAUGAUAAUUUAGUUAUCAAAUCAUCAAAACCGAGGAUCUAUUACCCAUUGAUAUCAAAAUCAAGCCAGUUUUUUAUUGGAAUAAAUCACACGCAUGUAAGAGCAGCUGGUUUUGGCUACUAUGUAGACGAUUGGAAAGAUCUGAAUCAAAAAGGUCGACUACGUCUUUUCGUUGCUAUGGAAUUAGAACGUAGAGACGAUGGGAUUUCAUCUACCAUCAUUUCAACAAGCUUGUAA